CCGUAGUCGAACCGCGAGGCCAGCGCGCUCCGGGCUGCUGACUGGGCCGCGCGCGCUGUGCUCGCUCACUGGCUGGCGGCGGGGCGCCGCAGACGGAAGGAGGGCCGCUCCGCUCGGCAGGACGCGCGGGGGAAGGACGCUCGCCGGUGGGGUUGAAUGUUAGAGUGCACAAAAACGGGCCGGACUCUCUCGGUGUAACUGAGCUACGUGAAAAGGAACUACCACUAAGUCUCGCAAAUGCUCUUACUUCUGCAGUCAGUAGCGACAGGAUCAAAUGACACGUGGCCAACGGAGCCUGCAGCCAACAAGAAACCUGAGAAUGACUAACACUGCCAUCAAGAGAAUAGUGACCAAUGUUGUGAAAUCACCAGAGGAUAAACGUGAAUAUCGUGGAUUAGAACUCACCAAUGGCAUCCGUGUAUUACUUAUUCAUGAUCCCACCACUGACAAAUCCUCUGCGGCUCUGGAUGUUCACAUUGGCUCUUUGGCGGAUCCCAAAGAAAUACCAGGCCUAGCCCACUUCUGUGAACAUAUGCUUUUUUUGGGAACAGAAAAGUAUCCAAAGGAGAAUGAAUAUAAUCAAUUUCUCAGUGAACAUGCAGGGAGCUCUAAUGCAUUCACCAGUGGAGAACAUACCAAUUUCUAUUUUGAUGUAUCAAAUGAGCAUUUGGAGGGUGCACUUAAUAGGUUUGCCCAAUUUUUCGUUUGCCCUUUAUUUGAUGCAAGCUGUAAAGACAGAGAAGUCAAUGCUGUUGAUUCAGAGCAUGAGAAAAAUCUAAUGAAUGAUGCCUGGAGGCUGUUCCAAUUGGAGAAAUCUACAGGCAACCCAGAACAUCCAUUUAAUUCUUUUGGAACAGGCAACAAGUUGACCUUGGAAACUAGGCCAGCUGAGAUGGGUAUUGAUGUACGACAAGAGCUCCUUAAAUUUCACUCAGCAAACUAUUCAUCAAACUUGAUGGCUCUCUGUGUGCUGGGGCGAGAAUCCCUGGAUGAGAUGACUGACCUGGUGGUAAAAUUGUUUGCCGAGGUGGAGAACAAGUCUGUACCUGUACCUGAAUAUACUGAACAUCCAUUCAAGGCAGAGCACUUGAAGCAACUGUAUAAAGUGGUCCCUGUCAAGGAUAUCCGAAAUCUUUAUGUUACUUUUCCAAUACCGGAUCUACAGAAAUAUUACAAGUCAAAUCCAGGUCAUUAUCUAGGACAUUUGAUUGGUCAUGAAGGACCAGGGAGUCUCCUAUCAGAACUCAAGUCGAAAGGUUGGGUGAAUACACUUGUUGGUGGACAAAAAGAAGGAGCGAAAGGCUUUAUGUUUUUCAUCAUUAAUGUAGAUCUCACUGAAGAAGGGCUAGUGCACGUUGAAGAUAUAAUUCUACACAUGUUCCAGUAUAUUGCCAAACUACGAACUGAAGGGCCUCAGGAAUGGGUUUUCCAGGAAUGUAAGGAUUUAAAUGCUAUGGCAUUCAGGUUCAAAGAUAAAGAGCGACCAAGAGGAUACACUUCAAAGCUUGCUGGAUCAUUACAUUACUAUCCCAUUGAAGAAGUUUUAGCGGCUGAAUAUCUACUAGAGGAGUUUAGAGCAGACCUAAUAGAGAUGGUACUGGAAAACCUGACACCAGAGACUGUGCGGGUAGCUGUGGUUUCUAAAUCAUUUGAAGGACAAACAGACAGAACUGAAAAAUGGUAUGGCACACAGUACAUGCAAGAAGCCAUUAGUGCUGAUGUCAUCCAGAAAUGGCUGAAUGCAGACUUAAAUGGAAAGUUCAAAUUGCCUGUUAAAAAUGAAUUCAUUCCUACGAAUUUUGAGAUUUUCCCCUUGGAAAAUCAUACUACAACUUUUCCAGCUCUCAUUAAGGAUACUGCCAUGAGCAAAGUGUGGUUCAAGCAAGAUGACAAGUUCUUUUUGCCAAAAGCAUGCUUAAACUUCGAAUUUUUUAGCCCAUUUGCUUAUGUGGAUCCAUUACAUUGUAAUAUGGCCUAUUUGUAUCUUGAACUGCUGAAAGAUUCCCUCAAUGAGUAUGCAUAUGCAGCAGAGCUUGCUGGCUUGAACUAUGACCUACAAAAUACAAUCUAUGGAAUGUAUCUGUCUGUGAAAGGGUAUAAUGACAAGCAGCACAUAAUUCUCAAGAAGAUAAUAGAGAAGAUGGCUACCUUUGAAAUUGAUGAGAAGCGAUUCGAAAUAAUCAAAGAAGCAUAUAUGCGAUCUCUGAAUAAUUUUAGAGCAGAACAGCCUCACCAGCAUGCAAUGUAUUAUCUCAGACUGCUAAUGACUGAGGUGGCAUGGACCAAAGAGGAGCUUAAGGAAGCGUUGGAAGAUGUUACUCUCCUUCGUCUCAAGGCAUUUAUACCUCAACUAUUAUCAAGACUGCACAUUGAAGCUCUUCUCCAUGGCAAUAUUACCAAACAGACUUCUCUGAGUAUUAUACAGAUGGUCGAAGACACACUGAUUCAGCAUGCUCAUACUAAGCCUCUUCUUCCAAGUCAACUUACCCGAUACAGAGAAGUGCAGCUGCCUGACCGGGGAUGGUUUGUGUACCAGCAGAGAAAUGAGGUCCACAACAACUGUGGGAUUGAAAUCUACUACCAGACAGACAUGCAAAACACCCAUGAAAAUAUGCUGUUGGAGCUUUUCUGUCAAAUUAUAUCAGAGCCAUGUUUCAACACACUACGGACCAAAGAACAGUUGGGUUAUAUUGUGUUCAGUGGUCCUCGACGAGCAAAUGGUGUUCAAGGACUGCGUUUUAUCAUCCAAUCGGAAAAACCUCCUAACUACCUGGAAAGUAGAGUUGAGGCUUUUCUCAAGACUAUGGAAAAGCAUAUUGAGGAGAUGACAGAGGAAGCUUUUCAGAAACACGUUCAGGCUCUGGCUAUAAGGCGUCUUGAUAAACCAAAGAAACUCUCAGCUGAGUGCGCUAAGCACUGGAGUGAAAUAAUUUCACAACAAUAUAACUUUGACCGAGAUAAUAUUGAAGUAGCACAUCUGAAGACGCUGACUAAAGAGGACAUAAUAAAUUUCUGCAAGGAGCUCCUGUCAGUCGAUGGUUCCAGGAGGCGCAAGGUCUCCGUGCACGUUCUGUCCCGAGACAUGGAUUCUUGCCCUGUUAUUGAACAUGCUCACUGCCAAAAUGAUGUCAAUUUGACUCCUGCACCACCUUUGCCCCAGCCAAGCAUAAUUGAGGAUAUGACCACAUUCAAACGCAAUUUACCACUCUUUCCAUUGGCAAAGCCUCACAUCAAUUUCAUGGCUGCAAAACUCUGAGAUAUGGAAUACUGAUCCAAAGGAAGGAAGAUGUGACUGAAAAACAUAAGUGACAGUAUUCGUUCUGCUGGGAAUUGGAGAAACAUUCAUAGGAGAUCAUUUUUUAAGUGAACUCUUUGUGAUUAGGAGAGUACAAAGCUAUAUAGUUGUUCUACAUAUUUCUGCCUGUUAAAGGUUCAGCUACCUAAGUGGUGUUUUAAAUAUUGUCCAUAGACGCUUCACACACAAGAUUGGAAAUCUACAAAACACUAAUGUACAAAACAGUGAAAUAACACUGUAUAAUAUGAAUCAAAUUUCUUUUGUGAUAGAGCCUUAUAAUUGAAAUCCAUACCAUGUUUUUACCUUGUACACAAAUUUUGUAGUUUUGAAUUUUUGUGCUCAUACAUCUGGUAGUAAAAUGAUGGAAACUUUUUUUGGUCUCAAACUACUCUGUAAUGUUGAUAUGCCAACCUGCAGUGAAUUCAUUUAUUAAAUCUUGUAAAAGUGACUUUGGGUGAAUUUGGUUCUGUAGUUACCUGAAACAAUGACUUGUGCAGUUAAGCAUGUUUUUAAAAUUCCAGUGAAUAUGUUUGCACAGCGCUGCUAAAGCAGAGCAGAUAGAGAAACUGUUGAUAGGAUGAAAGACCAGAUGAUGCAUUUAUUCUGAGAACUUGUGGAAAGCCUGACUGUAAAAUAGUCUGAAAAUAAGCAAGAGUUUGGGUUUAUCUGGAAAAACUGUAAAAUUUUAUAAAUCAUUCCUUUGCACUACUGAAUUCUAUUAGAGCAAUUAAUGCUUAUAGAUAUUUUUGUUAAAGUAAUAAAGGAAUUGAGAAAAAGCACAAAAAUUGGACCCUAUUAAAAAGAUUUUCUGUUUGCCCUCUUUUGUGAGCUUAUGUAACUUAAAUGUUUCAUAUCUAAGGACCGCAUAAUUCAAAAGCAUCAGAAGAUUUGAGUUCUGAUGAAAGGUUUAUCUCUGCAGAUGUGCCGGCAGACCUGCUGGGCAUUUUUAGCUUUAAUUUAUUUGAUUUCCACAAUCUGCGAGUCUUUUGGUUUUAUAUUGUUAGACCUGUUCUGUGUGCCAGUUCUUAAUUCUUAGUUAAGUGACAAUUGAAGACACAGUAGCAAAUAUCGAAUUAUCAGUAAGAGGGCAUUAAAGGCAAGAACUAGAGAUUUAGCCACUAGCUUAAAGCAGAACAGUGACAGUAAAAGUUACAUAAAUGCAUCAUUUGUAUAUAAUCAGUGUAUCAGGAUGGUUGUAAUCACUUGCAUAUAUGAUAGCACUGCAUUAGUAUCUCUGUGCUGUCAACAAGGGUAUCAACCAUGAGAUUUACAAUAAGACUUAGUAGAAUAACUGAUUAUGGCUAUCAAAUAUUGCAUGAUAUUGAGUAACGUACCAGGAGUCAAAAGCAGAAUUCAUGAAGCAAAAAAUAAACAAGGUAACAGGCCAUUAUAGCCAAAUGAAAUUGCACUGAAGGGCAAGUAGAAAUGAUUGUUGCUACAUUGUGUGGUUUUGGGAGCAGUCAACAACUAUGGAGUCUCCUCUUUAACAUUUGGCAAUAGUUACUCAUGAAGUCCUGCCAGUUAUUUCCAAUUUUACUUGUGGAGAUCAUUUGAUCAACUUUGUAAGAUCACAGUUCCUAAAUAAAUUUGUGUUGCUGUGAACCUGACAUUCAGUGCAAAGUCAGUUUUAUACAAGGUGCCCUUGUUCUAAAGUAUGUAAAGACAUUUUAACAAGCUUUCCCUGUCAAUUCUACUAUGCUGCUACACUGAGCUGACUCUUAUUUUUCCUUGUCACCCAGUAUCACAUCUUACCAUGUAAUAGUACAAUUAUUUCAAGAGAUUUAAACAUCUAUUUGUACCAAGAAUCUAGUUAGCAAAAGAAGAGUUGUCCAUGGUAACACUGUGAGGCUUAAACACAGUGUGGUGAAACUAAGCAUAUCAUAUAGUCAUUGAUUUUACAAAAUACUUUCAGAAUAGAUGUCUUUGAUUAUAACUAUUUCUCUGAACACCCACCCACUCAUCCUCUGCUAUUGCAAGUAAUUUCCUGAAAUGUUUUGGUUUACUGAGAAUAGUGAUGCAGUAUUUCAGAAAUGGAUAUCACCUUGGAGUUGUGAUCCUGCAGAAUUUCAGAAGGUGUUUAGGAAAUAAUUUUUUCCUGUGAGAUCAUGGCUGACAGACUGGGGAAAGUCUUUUGAAUUAGACUGUAUGUUUGAAUCACAUUCAAUCUAGCAGCAAAAGGUACAGAAUGUAGUUUGACAUUUCAAGUUUAUAAUAUUAGAUAAGGUUAGUAAUAAUAAUUUUAAAUAAUUUUAAAAAUAUAUUAGCAUACAAACUUGUGUACAAUUCUUUCACAAAUUUCACUCUGCUGAUGAGCUAAAUGAAAUAUAUAUCCUAUUUUCUGACGAUGCAACAUAGUUGUACAUAGGCAUCAUUCUUGAGGCCAGUGAUAAUUUUUGCAUUGUGGUACAUACUGAAUAUCUAUUAUAAAGUCAGAUUUGGAAUUAAUAUGGUGCAAUAUAUAGACCAGAAAAUUAGAUUAAAAGCUAAUACUUGAAAGAGAAUUUAUUUUGGUGUGACACAUGUUUUCUAGUGGUCUCAGAUCCUUUGCUGCAGUGAUAGUGUUCUCUAUUAUGUUUCCAACAUUUUACUGACUUGUGUAGCAGUGCAGAUUGACUCAGGCAUAUCCAUGGAUAUCCAUUUAGAGGAAUCCAAAGAUGCAGCUUUUUCCAAGCAAUAACAGCCAACAGAGCAUCUACAAAUAUUCACUCUGUUUUUAUGGCUUGUGAAUAGUUGAUCAAUUUUUGUUGACUGUGACAUUAAUUACUCAACAACUUGAAUUUGAGUAUUUUGGAACAUUUGUUGUGGAACUGGAUGUAAAAAAAAGUAUAGCUACUGUACUGAAAAGGAUGUUACUGUUCACAAUAAAAUAAACUCAUGAUC